UCCACCAUUAGCGGCCUGCUUGGUUUAGUCAAAUCGAGCGCCGUAAUUUUUUUCUCUCCCACUCCAAUUUUGGUGUAGGAAUUGUCGCGACAUCAUGAAACUAGUCAGGUUUUUGAUGAAACUGAGCCAUGAGACGGUUACCAUCGAGUUGAAGAAUGGUACUCAAGUCCACGGCACCAUCACAGGUGUGGACGUGAGCAUGAACACGCACCUGAAGGCGGUGAAGAUGACGCUGAAGAACCGCGAGCCGGCCCAGCUGGAGUCGCUGAGCAUCCGCGGCAACAACAUCCGCUACUUCAUCCUGCCCGACAGCCUGCCGCUCGACACGCUGCUCGUCGACAUCGAGCCCAAGAUCAAGUCCAAGAAGAGGGAAGCCGUGGCUGGCCGAGGCCGGGGCAGAGGCCGAGGACGCGGCAGAGGACGGGGACGAGGCCGGGGGGGCCCCAGGAGAUGAUCACCUCGACCCCCCGCCUCCCCCCAAAAUCACUCAUCACCUGCUCUUCACUGUUUUUGUACAGGAUUCUUUGUUUUCUGUGAUUUUGUUUUUCCUCUCCCCUCAUUUUGUACAUUAAAAUGCUCCUUGAUGAGACCUGUUGAUUCCUUGUUACCACACUAGUAAUGUUUUGUUACAUUUUUUGUUUCUAAUAAAGUUCAUGAUUUCCUACAAAA